AUGUCUACUGGCUCUGCAACAAGCGAUGCUGAGGACUACGACACAUGUCAGGGAAGGACUGCCAACCAUUUGAAGAGGACUGCGCGGCAAGUUACUUGUUAUAAUCCCACCCGUUAUUCGGACGAGGAAUUGGACAAUGACUGUGAGGACAGGAGGACCAAGGAGCAGUGCAAACUGUCCAAGACUCACCAGAAGGAAACACGCCAGACGCAGAGAAACGCGGCCAACGCCAGGGAGAGGGCGCGGAUGAGAGUGCUGAGCAAAGCUUUCUCCAGACUAAAAACCAGCCUGCCCUGGGUACCAGCGGACACCAAGCUGUCAAAACUGGACACGCUCCGACUUGCCUCUAGCUACAUCUCUCACCUUAGACAGCUUCUGCAGGAUGACCGAUUCGAGAACAGCUUUGCGCAUCCAGUCAAUCUGACCUGGCCAUUUUUGAUGACAGGGCGAUCAGAGGACUCAGACAUCUCAGCAGCUGUAAGACUUUGUGGAGCAACAGCCUAG